AAAUUUUAUUAUAUGGAAAAAAUCUAAAAUCUUUAUUGGUUAGGUUAAUAUGAUUAGAAAAAAAAGAAGGACGGCAAAUGGAUGGCUUCUUGGAAUGGAAAAGAUUUAAUACAAGUAGGCGGAUACUAUAAGAAAGGUUUAAAGCAAGGGUUAUGGAAUGAUCUAUUUGAAGACCAUUUCACGUGAUAUAAAUAUAUUUUAAUGAAUAGUUAGCCUCUAAUUUUUUAUACAGGAGAAUACUUAAAUGAUUUUAGAAUAGGAAAAUGGAAAUAUUUUAACAAAAACAAGAUUAUGUUUUUAUUUAAAUAAUUAUUUAGAGGUGGUGGUUUCUACGAUAAUGAAGGUAAGAAGAUAGGUAAAUGGACUGAGUUUGAUAAAGCGUCUUACUAUAUUUCCUAUAUCAUAUACACUUCAUCUAAUGGCGAAUAUAAUAAAAAGGGUGUGAAGGUAGGUAAAUGGGACAUAUUGUUUAAUAAUUAUGGAAAUUAAUAGAUGUAAAUACUGAAUUAAUAUAAAAUGUUUGUUUUAGUGGUGGCGGAUAAUAUGAUUUAGAAGGAAGCGAGAAAAAGGUUGGAAAAUGGAUAGACUUGGAUAAAGAGUUUAGAAGAUAUAAAUAAGUCACUUAUAAUGGAGAAUAUAAUCUAAAUGGUAUGAAGGUAGGGAUAUGGCGGAUAUUUUUUUCCAAGGGAGAUGAAUAUAAAUAAAUGUAAAUAUUUAUAAAUAAGGAAUAUAAUAAUAUCUUCGUAUAUUUUAGUGGUUGUGGAUCAUACGAUAUAGAAGGAAGCCAGAAAAAAAUGGGUUAGUGGAUAGAAUUAGAUGAGGCAUUUAAUAUUUAUAAAUAAGUCACUUAUAAUGGUGAAUAUAAUAUGAAUGGUAUGAAGGUAGGCAGAUGGUGCAUAUUAUUUAAAUGGGAAGAUGAAUAUGAAGAAAUGUAAAUUUUAAAUAAGAAUUAAUAAUCUCAUUUUAGUGGUGGAGGAUCAUAUGAUUAAGAAGGAAGCUAGAGAAAGAUUGGAUAGUGGAUCGACUUAGAUGAAGGAUUUUUUAAAAAUUCAUUAAAUUCAAAAUAAAUAACCUAUAAUGGUGAAUAUAAUAUGAAUGGUGUCAAGGUAGGUAGAUGGAAUAUUAUGUAAUGCAAAAGGGGAUAAUAAGAAUAUAAAUAAAUGUAAAUAUUAUCAAAGUAAAAGGAAUUUAAAAUUAUGUGUUUGUGAAUUUUAGUGGUGGUGGAUCAUAUGAUUAAGAAGGAAGUUAGAAAAAGGUUGGAAAGUGGGUAGAGUUGGAUGAUAACUUUUCUGGUUUUUAAUAAGUCACUUUUAAUGGCUAAUAUAAUAUGAAAGGCAUUAAGGUCGGUGGAUGGGAUAUUAUGUUUUGUGAGUGGGAUAAGGAUGUAUGUAAAAGAAUGUAAAUAUUUAAAAAAUUAAGAAAAUAUGUUUUUGUAUAGUGGAGGUGGAGCUUAUGAUUAAGAAGGAGGGCAGAAAAAGAUUGGAAAAUGGGUAGAGAUGGAUGAAGACUUUUUAGUAGCUUAUAAUGGUGAAUAUAAUAUAAAUGGUUUGAAGAUAGGCGUUUGGGUUGAAAUGGAUUUAGAGAAACUAAAGAAAUAUGGAGAAGAAAAAUAUGAAAAUUUAAAAAUCUGAAUUUAAUGAGAUAUGCUGGCAU